CAAGGCAACGUGUUGUUUACGUCAUCACGUCAGGCUGUUACCAUGGACACGGAGUAGUCACAGCACUCCUGACGUUAGUUAGCUGAACAACAAAACUCCGUUAAUUAGUUAGUUUCUUUAGGACUGGAUGGAGACUGUACUGGAGUCAGACGAUGAGGAGCAAGUCAGUGGUGGAGAAUCACAGGAGGAGGAGGAGGAGGAGGAGGAGGAUGAGGAUGAGGAGGACGAUGAGCCGAUGAAGCUGGACGGAACUCUCCAUGUUUCAGCUCCUCAGGAGCUUCUUAGCCUGAAGUUGGACCAGGCAGGCGAGCUGUAUCCUGAGUCCUACAGGGUUAACUCCCCCGACGAGAUUCGACUGUUGGCCAUCGCCGACAACUUCCAGCGUCAGUAUUCACACUUGUACCCCGACCGCAAACCACUGCUGCUCUGCCCCAUCAACGAAUGUGGUGUUAAGAAGUUUGUGUCCAUGACUCUUCGGCCCACACCGACAGUCUACCCUGAACUUUUUACCUGGGAGGGCUGUGCCUCCUUUGUGGCUGACUUCCUGUCUCUGGACCCUCUGGAGCCGCCUGUGGACCUGCCCAGGUGCAUGUCCUCCUCCAGCUCGGUGCUGCAGCGUCAGAGAGCCUCCUGUUUUGAAUCUGCAACCCUGCUGUGCAGCCUGCUGCUCGGCGCCCACUACGACGCUUACUGCGUCAGCGGCUACGCUGUCAAAGAGAUGUGUCUGCUCGACCAGAGCCUGCAGGAGUGCCCCCUGCUGGACACCGAAGUCAAGAGUGUGAUCUCUGAGCAGGAGCCACAGGAGAAUAAAUACACAGUGAAACCGCUGAGGGAGCUGAAGAGUCACUUUGUGACGCAGCAAGAGAAGAAGAAACAGGAAGCAGAGGUUGCGUUGCUUCAGGAACAAAUACUACAAGAGGAGAGUCAGCAGCGACCUGCUGACCCCCUGCGAGGACUGCGGGUGCACUGUUGGGUGCUGGUGCUGUCAGGGAGUCGGAGCAUCCAGGAGAACUUCUUUAUCGACCCCCUGAUCGGGAACAGCUACUCCACUGACGAUGACAACUUCCUGGGCGUCGAGAGCGUGUGGAACAAUCUCAACUACUACGUCAACAUGCAGGACUGCACUUACGGCUGCGCUGAUAUGGUGUAUGACCUGGAGGAUCUAAAGACGUGGGAGCCAGUCCUGUACGGUGCAAUAUGCAAAAAGCAGCUGAUUCUUGAUGUCUUGAAGAAAAAGGACAGCAAGAUGAUGAACAUCAGCAAUGAUGACGAGGAGGAUGAGCAGCCACGAGUUCUUGAGAUGCCACGAUCCUGGGUCAGUUACAUCACUAUCUCAAAAAAAGACCUGGAGACCCGCUGGCCAGGAGGACAGAAGGUGACCCACUACAGAAAAGCAAAGCUGGAGAAGUUUGCAGCGUACCUGAGGUCAGACGGCCUAGUCACACUACUGACCACAUACAAAGACCUGGACUGCACUGAGAUCAUCAUGGUGAAGGAAUGGUAUCAACACAGAAACGACCACCUGGAGGAGAGGGAGGUCAACAAGGUCGACAACUUCACCACAGAGCGCUUCAAACGUGGAAGGCGUUUCCACAUUUUACUCCACAGGUACACAGACACCGAGCGAGAGAUGGAGUUCAGCAGUGCUCGUGUUGAAAAUCUGGUGCGGAGGGUGGAGUCGCCAGGUGAAAUGACGGAGAUCUUUGAGGGCCGGAACGACUUCCUCUACUACCGCAAGCUCGUCUUUGACAAACACGUCCAGUUUUCAGAACCAUGUGUGGACAUUGAUGUGGCUGACCGACUGCUGCUGCAGACAGUGGUGGAGCGAUUCCACAGGAACAGAUCCAAACCGGCCAACGCAGACGUGGCCGAGCGAGUGUUCCAGUUGGCAAAAAGACGGAUCGAAGUGACCUAUCACUUAGAGGAUCACAGAUUUAUCCCUUCAAAGAGGAGCUUCAUCAAACCACAAGAGUCGACGGAAAAUAAGAAGGCCGAGGACUUCACACCUGACAUGGUCUCCAGCUUCCAGGUGGAUCCAUCUGAGAAGCCUCUUACGACCCCGAUUCUGUGGGAGAUACUGGUGGCCCUGAUGAAGGAUGAGGAGAAGGUGGUUUUCCAAAUCAGGGAGUCUAAGAAUGAGGUGAAAGACAUUUUGGCCUGCAGAGUGCAGGAGGAGGCAGACGUUCAGCUUAACGUCUCCCCAUGGACGACGACCAGAGCUUCCAGGGCCCGCAGCCAGAGACAGGAAAUGGAGAGCCUGGCUGCGGAGGAGCAGAUGUGGCUGCAGGAGAAGGAGAAGGACCUCCUGGCUGCCCUCCUGAUCCGGCUGGACAUCACAGAGACUUUGAGCGCCGAAGACGCCAAGCAGCUCCACCACGACUGUUUGGCCGAGUAUAAACAGAGACUGGUAGAGCAGGCCAACCUCAGUCAGGAACGAUAUGAAAGGGAGACACAGGAGCUGCAGAGGAAACAGCAGUGGUACCAGAGGAACCAGCUCAACCUGACCAAAGUACAGGAGGACGAGUACAAGACCUACUGCUCUGAGAAAACACUACAAAUCCAUGUCGCCAAGAAACGCCUCAGCAUGUACAAGGAAGCAGCUCCUCAGAAGUACCAAACUCUGGAUCAGAAGCUAAAACGAGACCAUCGACUGGCCCCUCACGCCAGACACCUGCCUCCUUUUUAAAUACUAUAUGUAGUGUGUGAAUCUUAUAAAUGUACCUACUUUCCUAUAGAGGAUGAUUAAGAGAUUGACAUUUGCACAUGAUCUUUUUCUUGUUUGUAAGUCUUUAUCAUAAAGUCCAUCUGUGUUAUAUGAUUGUAUAAACAACCAAUUAAUUUUUUUGA